GUAAAGGUGCUUGAGUUGGGAUUUUUUUAUAUUUCUUCUCUUUGAUGAUUUUCUAGGAAAGCCUGAGCACCAUAAAAUUUUCAUUAACUUAAUAAAUCUCAUUCAUCUCAAAUAUCCCCUUCUCUUUCUUUGAUAUAUUAUCGAGCGCUCGCUUCUGUCUUCUUUUUUAUUCACAAGUUACAAGUCUGUUGUUAGUUCCUUCAGAGAAACACAGAAACAGAUGGAGUGUAUCAUGGCUAUCGUGCAGAUUUGCUGCAGAUGGUUAACAUUUUCUUCUCCGUCAUCUGCUGCUGCUGGAGAUGAUGAUGAUGAUGGUAUUGAAGCUAAUAUCCCCCCUCGUCGGGAAAAGUAUGAUGUGUUUAUCAGUUUCAGAGGUGAGGACACCCGCCGUGGUAUUACCAGCCAUCUUCAUGCUGCCUUACUUCAGAAGAAAAUUGAAACCUACAUAGAUUACAGACUUCAGAAAGGAGAAGAAAUCCGACCUGCCCUUCUAGAGGCAAUCGAGAAAUCCACGCAUUCGGUGAUCAUUUUCUCACAAAACUAUGCUUCUUCCACAUGGUGUUUGGAUGAGCUUGUGCAUAUACUCGAAUGCAAGGAAAGACAUGGCCAGAAGGUUAUACCCGUAUUCUACGACAUCAAUCCAUCUGAUGUACGAAAACAACACGGGAGUUAUGCGGAUGCAUUUGCUCAACUUGAAAAACGUUUCAAGGACAGUAUUAAUAAGGUGCACAAGUGGAGGGAUGCUUUGAAGGCUGCAGGCAAGCUAUCUGGGUUUGAUUAUUCAAACAAUCAAGGGUUCAAUGUUAACAGCUGCAACGUAUAAAACUCCACAAUUCUUGUCAUACUAAAGCUCUCAGACUCCUUGUGUUUCACAUAACUAGUAUAACUAGUUUGAUGCCACCCAAGUAGUCCAGUUGUAAUCUCAUUGUCAUUCAAACAAGUUUUACACUACCCACACCACUCGAGUAUCUCUCUGUUCUCACAGUAUACAAACAAUUUUUGUUCUAGAUUGUCCAAAAUCCCUAAAAUCUUGAAGCCAAUGAAACAUUUGGUGUCUCUUACUUUGCAAGGGAUAACUGUCGAAAUUCUUCCUUCGUCUAUUAAAAAUCUAAUUAGGCUUAAAACUUUAAACCUUUGUGGCCGCAAGCACCUUAACGAUGUCCCAACAAGUAUCUACAGUUUAACCAAUCAUAAAAGUCUCAACUUUUAUGCUUGUUGGAAACUUGAAAAAUUGUCUUCUAGCUCUGCCGGUUCUCUCUCUUUUGUACUACUAAAUCUCAUCAGCUACAGCGGUAUAUUGGAAAAUCCCUGAUGGUCUCUUUUUCUCAACCUCAUUGUAAAAUUUAUCUUUCUGGAACCAAGAUGACAAUUCCAAAGGUGGUGGAUGAAGAGAUGAGCCUGAAGCCAUUGGUUGGUGGAUGAAGAGAUGAGCCUGAAGCCAUUGGAUCAAGUGAUUAAGUCCAAAGCAAAUGAAAGCGAUGAUCAUGGACUGCAAAACACAACAAAAAAAAAAAAACCCGAAAAGGGUCGAAUCUAAUCUGCAGAGACCACCUAAAAUCAAGCUCAAGUAAAAUCUGAGAAAAAAUAGAUGAAUCUAAUCUGCAGAAACGAAAAAUAAUCGAAAUGAAAGAAGAGGUGGAAGGGAAUCGGAGCUUACCAGAGAGAGAGUGGUGGAGUUCAGUAAAAUUUUUGAGGGAAGAAGAUGAGGGAGAUAACCGGAGCCAGGACACAGCACAACGAUCUUUCAGUUUCAGUCUCAACACACGGUGCGAGGCAGCGACUAGCAACUAGCGAGAGAGAUAGGAACAUGAGGGUUUUGGAAACUAUUGAAAUUACACAAAAGUCCUUACUAACGGGUGUUAACGGGUGGUUAAUAGGUUUCGUGGGUUCACCCAAACUGACCCGUUAUUUAACGGGUGAUUAACGGGUUGACCAGUUAACCACCCGACCCGUUUAUCACCCACCCGAAUAUUAAUUUUAACAGGUUGGAUUGUGUCGGGUUAACAGGUUAGGUUGAAAAUGCCAGGCCUACCCAAUAGACAUGUGUUCUUCGUUUUAAAAGCCCCAGAAAAAAUAAUGACAUAUACAUUAUAUUAUAAAAGAGAAACUAAUGAAAAUAGCUUGAAAACUUUGAGUUUUAACGAUAAAGACAAAAUAAAGGAUAAAGUGAAAUUUGACUUUUUAGUGUAAAAAUGUCCAUUAAAGUGAACAAUAUCGCGGAUUUUUCAUUAAAACUCCAUAUUAAAAGAAUAAAACAUGUGUUAAUUUAUUAUUGGACAAAACUAAGAGAUGAGUACUCACUAGGGAGUAAACAAAUAUUGUCCAAAUAAUUGUAUUUUGCUUUCACAGUUUCAUAAAUAUGUUACAAAAUACAUGUACAAUGACUACAUGUCCAUAAAGAAGCAGCAGCAGCAAUAUCCAUUACCUUCAAAAGAAAUGACAAAAAAAGCAGAAAAGAGCUUUAAACAGUAUCAAUCGAUAAACACUGAUUAACCUCUGACAAGUUACCAAUUUGCCAAGGGCUUGUUUGUUUUCUCCACCUUCAAAAUAAUAUCCAAAACAAUUAGUUUUUUUGUAUCAUCAGCAUCUGCAAGAGCAGCAGCGGAUGAAGAAGAAGAAGCCAUAUCCAUAACUUCUAGUUUUCAGAUCUAGGAAGUAGUAGUUGCAGAGAGAUUAAUUGUGAAUUAGAAAGAGAGAGGUUCAGAAUUAAGGAGGAUCCAAUAAAGCGAGAGAGAGAGAGAGUUGUUCAGAAUUAAGGAGGACCUGAUGAAACAAAAGAGAGAGAGAGAGAGAGAGGGAGGGAGGGAGGGAGGGAGGGAGACUAGAUCAGAAUUUACGAGAGAGAGAGAGAGAGAGAGACUAGAUCAGAAUUUACUCGAAUUGGCUUUUGACUAAAGUUCCAAAGGCUCCUUCAGGAAUAUCAAUGAGUGAGAGAUGAAUAGUUAUAGAAGUACAAAAAGAGGCACAUGUUGUAAAGUUUUUCAGUUAGUUUGUAAAGGUUUUUUUGGUAAACACGGGGUUGUAAAGUUUUUUUUUUUCUUUUGGUAAACACGGUUGUAAAGUUUUUCAGUUAGUCAAUAACCAGUUUCUUUCAAGAAAUUUUUAAGAAAUUUCCAAGCAACUUUGAUUGAGGACAUUUUUAUAAUUUUCAAAAGAAAAUAAGUGAAUUUCACACUACAAAUCAUAGAGUUAAGAAUAUAAUUGUUCACCAAUUGAGAUUGAACAAGAUUUGGACUAUGUCUUUCCGAGCACAAGUGACAAAUCAAUUCAUUGAAUUAUAGAGUUUCAGCCUAUUUAAUUUGAUACAAGAUAUACACAAUCAUAACAACUAUCAAUUUUACUACUAUAUUAUAGUGAAAUCAAACUAAACGGAUGUUAAUAGUUAUCCAUUAAUAAAUAUUCAAUGGGUUAGUUAGUCACUUCUAUUUCCGAGGCUAUCGAAAGGUCCAAAGAAAGUCCAGAACUCCCACAACGAAGUUGCACACUUCAAUCUAGAGUGGCCAUACCCCAAACUAACAUAUACAAUUACAAAAAAUGGAAACUAGACAAGGUUGUAGCUCCAAUUAAGAAUGUGUUACAUUAUGUGUCAAUGUUUACUAAUUACAUCAAUUAUUAGGCCGGUUCUUUGAUUUUGAUUCGAAACAUGGUACUACUUCAAAGAUCCCCAAUGUUUUAUUUAAAAGACCUUUCCAUGCACAUCAUGUAAUUCAAGAAGUUUCAGGGACUAAUUAAAUAGCGAAAAUGAGGUGAUCGCAAAAGGGAUCAAUCAAAAUGCCUUAAUUGUACCAACUAAUGAAGUUAUUUAAGGGGUUUAUAAUCAUAUUUUAGAACGCUAAUCAUUGAUCGUCUCCUUAAAGAAAAAGAGGACGUGAAACCGACGAAACAUGAACACAACAUCGUCAUGGACAAGAGUUGCUUGUUGGCCAUAAUAAGAAUAGUUAAUCUAUAUGGGAGUGUAUAGAUUAUCAAUUAGGUUUCCUUUUUAGAAAGAUUUACAGAACGAUGCUUAAAUGUACAUAUGCGAUUUACAGUUUGAAAAUAUAACAUGUCAAAUAUCCGACAAACAAAUAACUCUGAUUUCUAAAUUGUAGCUUCCUUCUCAAUCUCGCAUUAAUUUGCACCUUUAUGUGCACGUUUUUGUUUCCCCACUUUGUACAAGUUGACAAAUCAAAAACAUAAACUUGCUAACCAACUCUAAUUUCUAAAGGGGUGUGCUAUCCACACAUUCAUUUUUACUUCUCACACAUUCUUAUUAAUUUAUGUUCGUUGAUCUUCU